GGAAAGGGCAGGGCAGGAAAAAACCUGCACAGGACACUGCACUUAAGACUGGAAGAAUUUUUUUUAAAGAUGGAGGUUCACCCAGGCAUGUCCUUUUACAACAAUGUGCACGAUGGAACAGCCUUAAUAACAAAAACAUUGGAAUCUACACAUGAUCUCACUCCACUGCAUAUCCCACCAGGACCCCCUAUAUCACCAGAAAGGUAUGAGGAACUACGAGAAAGCUUCCAGCUGUGCAAGCCUGUAUUGAAAGCAGGGCAAGAAUCCGGAGGGAGGGAGCCCAUGUUGCCAGAAUCUCACAGGAACUAUGAGCCACCUUAUAAGUUUCAUCAUGAACAUCACUACUAUGGCAAUACUCGAGAUGCUCCACUAAGAGACAUGAACUAUGCAAAAUAUAAGUCACCAGGGACUCUCUUGGUGGAGGGCCGGUAUCGUCCUUUUCAUCCAUAUGUCCAUUGCAACACAGAUAUCAGAGGUAGUUCCCCUAAAAAUGAAGCUGCUGGAGAACCUUUUGAUAUUAAUAGACAGACAAGAGGGUGGCCUGGAGAACAUGGAGCCUUUCAUGUUUCUCAGUUUGCUGAAGGAAAUGAUUGGGCAUAUAAUCCAGAGGUUCCAGUGGCUUGGGCUCCAAAAUCCACUUUGAAACCUCCAGAGCUUGACAUCUCAUCAAGAGCCGCCAACAUGCUAGAAAAUGUCAAGCAGGCCCUUUGGCUGUCCACCUACAAACGUGACUUCUCAGGUAGAGGUCCUAUGAACCCCCUACUGCUGGACGACUAUGAUGCCAAGUUGAUUGGCAGAGUAACUGGAGAACUAGGCAAAUAUGUGGAACUUAGAGAAUCAUUUCCAUCAGGGACUUCUCAAGUAAGACCUUUAGAAGGUCGCAUUGCCCGUGCACUUCAAGGCAGACAGCGACCCAUCCUGGACCCUCAACAGCAGGACUCCCCAGGUGUUCACAGGCCUCCACUCCGUUCUUAUAGGGAGCAUUUAGUUGUACUUAAAGAUUCAGAGGGGGCUAAGAACUGUGGAAAAACAUCACUGAGUUCAUUUCAGCAUGAUCCCAAUGCAAGUGGAUUAUGGAGAAGGAAUAUGUAUUUUCUCCCAAAUCACAUUAAGCUUCACAUAGAUUAUCCUAAAGAAAGUACUGAAGAUAAGAAACCUCCAUGGAACAGAUUUCAGAAAAUUACAGAUACUUGGAAAACUGAGAAUUUGUACCAAAGGCAGCUUGCAAUUCCACCUGAACCAGAACCAACUGUGAAGCCUGCAGAUCCUAUUUACUAUGAAGAUUUGGAACCUUCCCGUUUAAACAGAUACAUCGUAUGGCAUCAUCCUGUGAGCCUGAGUAAACCAGGCCCACCAGAUCUGUGCUUUGAGAAGCCUGCUGAGAUACCAGAUCCCUUGUUAACUUCUCACCCCAAAGCCAUUCCAACACUCCCCUCCUUCCCAAAAUGGAUUCCUAACUGUGGAGUGGCUCAGCCUCAGACAAAACUGUUGGAUAUCCAGGAUUCUUUUUCAAAAAGUGAUGCCAUCAGGCGUCUGAAUGAUCUCAGGAGAGGAGGCCUAAGGGACCUCAGGGAUCAUGACAGGGAAGGCAAAAGGCACACAUUUCAGGGUACUCAUGCACAUUUCCUUCACUGAUGCAGAAGUGAUAAACUCUCUC